AUCAAAUCCUAUACAUUAACGGGCAUGCGCCUCGACGGAGUUAACAGCCUCCCGUCGUUCCGAUCUGGAAAAGCCCUAGUGCGAUCUUACCUCCGGGACCAUAGCUCCGGAAUCGAUGCCAAGUAUACGGAGCCCGGGGGUUUUCGCGAGCUCUGAUUUGUAGGACGUACUCGCUGCUCUCGCUCUUACUACGGUCUAGGCACCGCUGAUGGAUUGUGCUAUCCACAGAACGGAGCCUUCUGGCUCCUAUAUAAACCGUGCUGUGGACACAUCACUAUUCCUUCCAUUUCUCUUCUCAUGUACUUUGCAUACUUAGUACUUACUUUACAGAUCACUAAGCAUCCUACAAGGAUCGCACCCACCCUCUCUGCUCCUUGCGCAAUACCGAUUCCCUUAUCAUGGGCUCCUUCUUCUCAAGCCCUCUACCUCUCCCAUCCCCCAACUCCCUUCAUGGAAGAACACUCCUCAUAACCGGCUCAAACACGGGUCUCGGCUUUGCAACGGCCCAGCACGCCCUCUCCCUCGGCGCAAGCACACUGAUCCUCGCCGUGCGCUCUGUCUCGAAGGGUCUCGAAGCCAAGACGCAGCUCUUAUCUACUCCAGAUCUCGUCGACAAAGAGAAGAAGGGCGAGAUAUGCAUACUUGUCUGGGAACUUGAUCUCGAGUCAUUUGACAGUGUGAGGAGUUUCGUCGCGAAGGCGAAGAGAUAUGUAUACGAGGAAGACGGAAGCCUUGAUAGUGCCGUGAUGAACGCGGGCCUUGCAAGUGUGCAUUGGGGAACCACAGUGGAUGGAUGGGAGAGAUCCUUGCAGGUGAAUGUUCUCUCAACUACAUGGCUCGCGUUGGAGUUGGUGCCACUGCUACUAAAGUCGAGGGGGAAAUCCGCCUCAGAGGAAGAGCCAGACUGGAAACCUCAUCUCACGAUACUAGCCAGCGAUAUCCACAGAUCCGCGCACUUUACCGAGCGAGACUCUGAAAACAUCCUCGCCGCCCUCAACGACCAUGAGACAUGGGCGGAAUCCCAAGGCCUAGGUGGCCCCACGGAGCGCUACGCAGUGACGAAAUUGCUAGAUAUCUACAUCACGCGCGAGAUCGCGCGUCUUGCCCCCCGGGGCGAGAACGGGGACCCUGCUGUGAUUGUCAACUGCGUCGCGCCGGGAUUCUGCAAGUCGAAUUUGCUCUCGAGGGAGGAGGGGAUUCCCUGGAUCAUCAAGGUCGUGCAGUGGCUUACGGCAAGGAGGGUGGCGGAGGGGAGUAAGACUAUUAUUGAUGCUGUUGUGAGUGGGGUAGAGAGUCAUGGGGGUUGGAUUGAGGACUUGGUUGUUCGGGAGCCAGGGGAGAUUGUGACUGGGCCGGGGAUGAAGAGGGUGCAGGAGAAGGUUUGGGGGGAGAUACUGGAUGUUUUGAACAGGGUUGAACCAGGGAUUUGGACAGAGUAUUGAGUAUGUUUGUCCGCUAGCGUAGUACUCACUGAACGAUAUGACCACGUAAAUAGACUGUUAUCUAACUAUACAUCCAACCGAGCAGC